UGGUAAGUGGAGGCCGGAAGUGUCGGUUUUUAGCGGCCCACAGAGUUAGGGAGUGGUACUAGCGGCGGAGCAGCGGAGGCUUCAGUGAAGUGUUUUUGUCGCGUCCGUGUCCGGAUUUAACUGCCACCAUGUCGAGCAAAAGGGCAAAGACCAAGACCACCAAGAAGCGUCCCCAGCGCGCAACAUCUAAUGUGUUUGCCAUGUUUGACCAGUCACAGAUUCAGGAAUUCAAAGAGGCCUUCAAUAUGAUUGACCAGAACAGAGAUGGUUUUAUUGACAAGGAAGAUUUGCAUGACAUGCUUGCCUCCUUGGGGAAAAAUCCAACUGAUGAGUACCUGGAUGCCAUGAUGAAUGAGGCUCCAGGUCCCAUCAAUUUUACCAUGUUUCUCACAAUGUUUGGUGAGAAGUUAAAUGGCACAGAUCCAGAAGAUGUCAUCAGAAAUGCUUUUGCUUGCUUUGAUGAAGAAGCAACUGGCACCAUUCAGGAAGAUUACCUGAGGGAGCUGCUGACAACCAUGGGAGACCGGUUUACGGACGAGGAGGUGGAUGAGCUGUACAGAGAGGCCCCGAUCGACAAGAAGGGAAAUUUCAACUACAUCGAGUUCACCCGCAUCCUUAAACAUGGAGCAAAGGACAAAGAUGACUGAAAAAAUUUCAGAUUGCAGCUCCACUUUGGGUAUUUCUGAGACUUUCUCAUAAAACCUUCUGCAUGGCCUUACCUUUACACUUUUGCCUUUCUUACUGUAUUUAUUCUCAGCCAUUUUGGACAUAUGCAUCUCUGUAAUCAAACUGGAAAUGGAACUUUUUGUCAUUUUCAGAAUAGGAAGUAGGGUAAUUUAACUUACCCUCUUCCCCCACAUAACUACAGUCUCUACAGAGUCAAUAUAUUUUUUCAGAGAAAGUUAUUCACUCAUUUUUUUUCUGAAUCAUUAUUAAACUUUAUGAUAAAGACA